GACGCUCGCGUUCCCCCCGGGGGCCUUGUCGAUCAAUGGUCGGUGUGCGGCGGAGAGAAGAACCGCUGGGUUAAACUGUGGGAACACUUUUCAGACUUAAAGCUGCUGAGGGGCGCGCGCGGCUACAAUUUCAGGACCAGCGGCUGUCCAGGGUCCGGGGUCCAGGGUCCAGGGUCCAGGGUCCAGGCUUCCAGGGUCCGGUCCCCGGGAUGUCUCUGCAUUAAAUGACUUGUUUCCAGCGGCUACAGAGGAAUGUCCCGACCGGGGAGAUGAACCAUGGCCUGGCAAGUGUGUUCAAAACUGUGCUGUGGUCAGAAAUGGCUGCUCCUCCUCUCCCCGCUCUUCCUCCUCUUCCUCGCCAUCUCUGUGAUGACCAUGACUCUCCCCCUUGCUCUGCCGCGUGCCGACGCCGGCGCCAACUGGCGGUCGUCGCGAGCCCUGAGCUCGGCCGGGGGGGGGUUCAGACCCGGGCUCAGAGUCACGGAGCCCCUCGCUCACAGGGCCUGGACAUCCAGCUCUGGAAAAGAGACGACCGAACGUUCGGUGCCGCCGAAACCUUCCGGGGACGCUGCCGGCGUUAACAGAAACAGCUUCAAAGAGAGGAGUCACGCAGAAUUACACAGAAGCGAACACAAAAACAAAGGCACCGCUUCCAAGAGAAAAGGGAUGGCAGGCGCCAUCCAGCUUUCAACCAUCAAUCAGCGUGGCCGUCUCCCGCAAUUUACAGUCAACAGAACAGGGCCAAGGCAUAGAAUUAAGGCCAGCAACCACAGCGCUGUGGCGAAGCACGCGGCACAGACCUUUAUUUAUCUUGAAAGGAGCAGAUCCGGCGCGGCACAUUUCCCUGCCCCAGCAGAGAGCCCGAAGAGUGGCAGACGAGCCGCAGGCCGACAGGAGGACAGACACACAAAGACACAAAUACAUGGCAGCCAUACGAGUGCACAGCCAGCUGUGGAAAAACACAGACGAGCGGCAAAGCACUCUGGGAAAUCUGACAGAGUGGGUAAGGAGCAGCAGGCCGUGAAAAAGCCCUCCGGGGAUCUGAAAAAGUGCCCUGAUCUCUCAGAGGAUCCCUCUGAAGCCGAGAGGAACCCUAAGAAGGCUUCGUCCAGAGCCGAGGACGGCAGCUGGUGUCGCAGCUUCAGAGGGCAGGACUUCCCAGUCGCCGACCACGGGAGGAUCAGGCAUAUUAGUCCAGAUCUGGGGCCUCUCCCCUGGCUCAGCGAGGAUGACAUCCAGAAGAUGGAGCUCCUGGCUGGGGGAGAGGUGCUCAGUAAGGCCAGGGUGCCCGCACACGGACAGGUGCUCCAGGUGGAGCUGGAUCCUCCUGCACUGCAGCAGCAGCCAUCAGGGCAGAGGGGUGGCCCUGAGCGAGCAGCUGGCCGAGGACAUCCAGAAGGCCCGGCCGAGCGCUGCCAGCAGGGCCACUGCUCCCUGAUCAAACGGCCCGAUGACUGGUUCGAGGUGUUAGCCUUCCACCUGGACCGGGUGCUGGGGCUCAACAGAAGUCUCCCUGCGGUGCUCCGGACCUUCCACAGCCCUGUUUUGCCGUACCGAUACACCAGCGGCGUCCCCCGGCCUGUAGUGUGGUGGGAUCCAGAUAUCCAGCACCUCGCCGACCCAGACAACGACCAGAACUCGGUGGCGCUCAGCUGGGCCCAGUACCAGGAGCUGCUGCAGGUCCGCUGUGGGUCGGAGGCAGAGCUGAGGUCAGCGCCCUGCGUGGGAGUUCAGCACUCAGAGUGGGGCCGACUGGCUCUCUUCGACUUCUUAUUACAGGUGAACGACCGGCUGGACAGGUACUGCUGUGGUUUCACCCCGGAGCCCGGCGAGCUGUGUGUGGAGAACCGGCUGCACGCCAAGUGCGGCAGCACCGAGGACCUGCUGCUGGUCCACAUCCUGGUGAGGAAGGCAGAUCCCUCCAGACUGGUGUUCAUAGACAACGCGGGCAGACCGCAGCAGUCCACCAACAACCUCAACUUCCAGCUGGUGGAGGGCAUUGAUGAGUUUCCAGAGAGAGCCGUGUCGGUGCUCCAGUCAGGCUGCCUGCACAGUCUCCUUCUACGCUCCCUUUACACAGACAGGGAGUUCUGGGACAGCCGAGGCGGGGCCAGCGGUCUCAGGCCCCUCAUCCACACUGUGGAGCGCAGAGGCCAGAUUCUCCUCCAGCACAUCAGAGACAGGAAGCUGCAGCUCAACAGGGACCUGUGACCGACUGGGCCAUCCAGGCUCCACACAUCAGCGAGAGUUGAAAUGGUUCAGGGGUGCAGAGCGGACACGUUUGGAUAUCCAGGAGAAACACAUCAUCAACAAUGACAACCUCAGGGUCCCGAACCCUAACCCUAUCACUGCCUUCUAAAAGCCAACAGUGGUGAGAUUAUAUUUUAAAGUCCAACUGAACUCAGAAAAGGCCGUCCUGUCAAAAAUGAUGUCAGAAGUGAUAUUAUUAAUAUGUUUAUUACUUGAAGAGAAAAAAACUAUCAGAAAUGCUCCUCCUAGCCUCCAAGCCUGAGAGUGGGAGGCAAAGCUGGCAGGGCCAGCAUGACACAAUGUAAAAGUUAGCUGUUAGCUUAGCAGCCAGGCACCGGCCGAGUUCUGCAGCACCAAGUGUUAAUUAAAAGUGUCAUAUGUUUGUUGGUUAGUACUGGGUUAGGGUCAGGGCUGAAACUCCGUUUUCACAGCUACAUUAGUCCCAGAUUCUCACAUAGCACACAUACAUACGCACAAGCACGCGGCUAAUGUUAGCUAGUCGUUGAGCCAUUGAGGCAUCGAGUUGCCCGCUCCUCAUUUACAUAAAGUUGAAUCCAGUCUACUUUAUGCAAAUGAGGCGUGGUCGCCUCAGCUCGCCGCCUCUCAAAAGCUGACGAAAAUCUUGAGUGACCUUUGUAGAUAUAAAAAUAAUAGAUUGUAUCCCGACGAGCCGCCAUUAAGGUCAGUUUUGAAAUCCGCGAGCAGCAUUCGUCCAAUCAGGUGCAGCCAUCGCGGUUGUAGGAGGGUGGAGCCUGUUUUCCUUGCUGGUUAGGUAUAGAGAGUAAAAUAAAUAGACACAGCGACGCCAUAGACUUCGAUGGAGACCAGUGAGGUCUAUUAGAAGCCCUUUUCCGGUGAUGGCGCAGCCUCAAACUGAGCUUGACAAUGUAGAUGUGACAUGAGCAACCUGUCUAUAUUUGUAAGACUUCUAGUAGCUGUGCCAAGAGAAAUUUCAAUCAUCAUCUUGUGGAUAAAGUGGAUCGUGGAUAAAUGUUACUUCAUAUAAAUUCACUUGCCACAUACCGAAGUAUUUCCAAUCCAUCAAAACGUUGCUGAAAAAUUUUGUUCUGAUAAUUUCAUGGACACUCUAUGGGCUUCUCCCUUGACUGUAUGCCUCCAUGUCCCCCCCCGAUUGCC